GAAGGGAGUCACGUGACCCGCGGUUCCCAGUUGUCACAACAGUCAUGGCGACUGCAGGGAAGACGCAGAGUGGAGGAGUUUGUGUGAUUCUUUUACUUGUUUGUGUUUUGAAUUCGUGUCAAAGUUUACUUUACAGAGCGGAGACGUCCAAAAGACAGCUUGUGGUGCAGUUGAAUCCGGGCACCAACUCGACGCCCCCUGGUGGAGACUUGCUGCAUGUGCGGGCUGUGGGAGACAACGACACGCUGCACUUCCUGUUCUGCAGCCAGGGGGCGCCAACGCUGCUGAUCGUCCACACCAACUCUUCCUCGUCUACUGUCAAGGUGAACUGGCCCCAGUUUUUGGCUCGUAACAGCAGUGGCAGCCUGACGGUGGAGCCGCAGAGCAGCAUCCUCUACAGCACGGCCGUGGUCUUCACUCGGCUGUGGGAGUACGACGAUGUAAACGACACGGCCAAGCCGACGUCCAGCCUGGACUUUUACCCUCCGUACCGGCUGCAGGACUUCACCUGGUCCCGCCUGCGUCUGUCUGGCCCCGUGGCCGAGCUCUGUGGAGCCGGCCCGACCUUUACCAACGGAUCUGUGUGCCUGCAGCUGUCGGUGUUUGACUCGGAUGGGCGUGCAGAGUCGUGGCCCCGCCUCCUGCACUCAGGUAACUCCUCCCAGGUGCAGGUGUGGCUGGACGGCGUGUCGCCACAGUCUCCUAACUCCCGGUUCCUGCUGGAGCUGGAGGCCGUGGGGGGAGUUUAUCCUCUGAGCAGGGUGGACGUCCGUCGCUCCAUCGAUGACGAGUUCACACCAUCAAUAUUCCAGGUGUCUCAGUGGGUUUCGUCUGCAAACGGCAGCUCGGAUGUACGGAGUUUUGUCCAGUGGAAACCGGUGGCGUACCGCCAGCCCCAUCCAGCUCUGGAGGACGCCACGCCGUGCCGUUACUCCCAACCGCAGCUGCAGAGUGGGAACACGACGACAGCCUCAUCCGGUCUGAUCCAAGCCUUCUACAACGACCCGGAGGUUACGGGACUGAACGUGAGCUUCGGCAUCGCAGGAGAACCAUUUUACAACAGCACCAAAUACCUCAGCUGGACGUUGGUGGUCGGAGUGGGCUCUCCUCCCGUCGACUCCUUCUCCCCGCUGGUUCUCACCAUCAUGACGGUGGGACUGGGCGCUCCCAUGGUGCUGCUGUUGUUGGGCGGAGUCUUCCUCUGCCUUCAUAAACGGAGGGAAGCCUCAAGUACGACCUACGAGCCAAUCAACUGACGGACGUGUCCCGAUGAGACUCCAGAGACUCUUUUAGACGAAAAGUUUUAGAAAAACUUGACAGAAACCAUUAACAGUCCAGGCAAUUGUGAAGCAAGAGAACUUUUUUCUUCCAUGGCACAUAUUUCAUGUGAGAUUUGAAAUUCUGACUCUUUUUUUCCAGCGAUUGAUAACUCAGAUCAGUUAGCCAUUUGAUUUGAUCAUCUGAAGGCACAAAAUGUGACAAAGUGGUAGACGUGUCAGCCCACCGCUGGUCAUUAGUGCAGUAAAUCAAACAUGACAGCUCUGUGCAGGACGGGUAUUACUAAAUAGAGCGGCUUCAAUCCCUGAGAUUCAGUUUUAUUGUCUUGUGUAAAAACCUGCACACAAAAUGUGUGGAAGCGAAAGCUAUUCCUUUCAGGGGUGCAAAGGUUUUUUAUUAAAAAAGAAAAAAGUGAAUUGAUAAAGUUUUGGCUUUUAAAAGAAUUAUUGUGCAUCCUAUUACAUUUCUAUGAAAAAGCUGUUUCAGAAAAAUCCAGUCUAAUAAAAACCUGUCCAUUAACA